UUGCUAAUCAAAUUUUCGUUCAACUAAAACGUCGGUUUUACAAAGUUAUGCUUUUUCUCUUGAUCCAAGAUUGUUAUUACUUGCAAAGUCGUCGACUAGAAAAAUCAAUGAGUUCUUACAAAGAAAAUGAUUAUCAAGAACUGUUAGAAGAUCAUCAAAAACCAUUGGAAGAUUAUCAAGAACUGUUAGAAGAUCAAGAGUUAUUAGAAGAUCAUCAAGAUUUAUUUAAAGACAACUAUAACUAUCAAGAUAAUAACGAUGAUCAUUAUUCGUUUGAAAAUAAUAACCAAGAUUUGUUUAAAAAAAAUGAUGAUGAUCAAUGCUCAAAUGACGAUGAAUUGGAUCCACUCUAUUUUUUACCAGAUGAUAACUAUUUUGCUAAUGAAGAGCUUUCUAAUUCAGAAUAUUCCAAAUUUGUAAAUGAAAAUAGUCCUGAAAUUAAUAAUACUAAUAUACCAAAUUUGGAAAUCAUUGAAAUCAAUAUUCAUAUUGAAUUUAAUGCAUCAACUUUGGCCCUUCCAGAGCAAAGUUGGUGA